CUAAAGCCUGUGUAACCACUAGGGGAUGUUGCGGCUCCCCAAAGCCCGGUAUAAAUAAAAAGGUUUAUUUACACAAUCUACCUUGCACAAAGGCUUCAAAAGUGACACAAACAAAUCUUAUCCUUUUUAUUCUGAACUCCGUUUUCUUUUUCCAACAUGAGCUCUUCCAUCUGAGUUGUUGUUUCCCGGACGGAAGGCCCACAAUUUGAACUAUUAACAUUAUCAACCAGUGUAGCUGUAUGAACUACAUCUACUUGGUGCCCUUUACUAACAGGACAUUUUCACUCUGCAUUCCUACUUGCUUUACUUCACAGGAACUACUCACCUGUACAGCUGAAUCUGAGCUGAAUGUUCUGCAGCAGGAUCCAUAAAUGAUUUUCAAAUGCUAAGAUGGGUGUCUUUGCAGUAUCUUCUAACCCCUUCAGAAGUUGGCUCUGUCCACUAAUCCUUUAUCACUUUACCCUCUGUAGAUCAGCAGACUGAACGCGAGUCCCCUGAUGCCACUUCUGGUUUUGCUAAUGUUGCUUCUGGGUCUGCUGACAUCACCUCCAGUUCAAGUGCCUCUGUACACACCCCUUCCUGCCAAAUUCACAAUAUAUCUGCCAUCUUGUUAAUUGUAUUCAGUUCUAUUUUUAACUUUGUUUGUAAAAACUGUUAUUUUCAAUGUACUUACCAAGUAUAUGGUGUAGCUACCCCAAAUCUUUAUCUGUGUUUUUUGUGUUAAUUUUACAGUGACGUAGUUGGCGGGAUUUUGCUGGAAAAUGACUAAACAGAAAGACAUUUCUACCAUUAUUAUCAACAUGGCAGCAGAGAUCUAGUCCUUGUGGUUCCAGAUCAGUGAACAGAGGACACAGCUCACCAAGAAUGAGCAACUCAAUACCAUUGGAAGCGAGUGGAGUGGGCCAACAUACUGGCACUGUUCUUGAAGGGCGAAGUUUAGCAGACUUACUACGAUCUUGAUGAGCAGGCCACCUUCAAUUAUGAUGCACUAAAAGCCAAGGUGUUCAAAAGCCACUGCUGUGAGUAAAACAAAUCCCCAGGAGAAGUAACUGAAAAACCUGCAUGUAUAUUGCAGGGCUCAUCUCUGAACUGUGUGCCUCAUGCAUUCCCUAGAUUUCAUCCCUUUUAGAUGCUCCAUACAACAUGGCAACCACUACAAGCAAGGAUUUUUACCCUAACAGCACCGUCAAACCUGAGACUAAGGAUGGCAGAUUAAAUUAUGCCCUGCUUGGCCUGAUCCUUGGUUCUGUCGCUUUGCUAACAGUUGUCAUGAAUAUUCUGGUGCUUUAUGCUGUCAAGAAGGAGAGGACCCUGCAUACUGUAGGCAACCUGUACAUUGUCAGUCUGUCAGUUGCAGAUCUAAUGGUAGGUGCCACAGUUAUGCCUCUAAACAUUGUCUACCUACUGGAAAAAGAGUGGAGGCUUGGGCAGCCACUAUGCCAGUUCUGGCUAGUGAUGGACUACGUGGCCAGCACAGCCUCAAUUUUCAGCCUUUUCAUCUUGUGCAUAGAUCGAUAUCGGUCAGUGCAGUACCCACUCAGAUACUUAAAAUAUCGCACCCGAGCCAGAGCAAGUGCCAUGAUUUCAGCAGCCUGGCUGCUCUCAAUGACUUGGAUGAUUCCUAUCUUGGGUUGGCGCACCUUUGCAAAUGUAGAGCUGGCACCUGAAAGGGAGCUAAAAUGUGACACAGACUUUAGAUUUGUUACCUGGUUUAAGGUGCUCACGGCAGUGCUAAACUUCUAUGUGCCUUCACUGAUGAUGUUGUGGUUCUAUGCCCAGAUAUAUUUGGCAGUAAGAAAGCAUUUCAAGCAGAGAGAGAACAUCAGUGAAACUGGCUUUAAAAUGCUUCCUUGGCAAAAACACAAGUGUAAGGAGAGACCAGCUCCAGAUUUGCUGGAAAAAUAUAGUCUGGAGCAGUCCUUGUAUGCCAGGGCACUGGAUGAGGACCUUUUGCAGCAGACACAAGAGAACAAGGAGAUGACUUGCCACCAGAGCCCCCAAGCUGAGUCAGCUUCUGAGCUGGGAGAGCCAGAGGAAGGUGGUAAUGAUGAGGGCAUCCUGAAGCAGGGUGUGCCCUGUCUACAAGCCAAUGGAAAGAAUAUAAAGCAAUCUUGGCAGAGAUUUUGCUCAAGUUCCAAGCAGUACCUGCAGAGCUUACAUAUGCGCAAAGAGCGGAAAGCUGCCAAGCAGCUUGGCUUCAUCAUGGCUGGCUUCAUGCUGUGCUGGAUUCCUUAUUUUGUCACCUUUAUGGUGAUGGCCUUUUGUAAGACAUGCGUUCAUCAUGACCUACACAUGUUCACCAUUUGGCUUGGAUACAUCAAUUCAACGUUAAAUCCAUUUAUUUAUCCUCUUUGCAAUGAAAAUUUCAAAAGAACUUUUAAAAGUGUCCUUCACCUUCCAUUCUAAGAACACUGUGCUUAUUUUAACCUUAGCAGAGAUCAAGUUGACUGUGUGUACAUGUUACUCAGGAAGAUGCUUUUUAAUUUGUAUGAGUGUGUCAUUUUGGCAUAUGCCAUUAUUGCCAUGUUUUUCUUUGAAUGUAAAACUGCAGAGAACAUAAGAGUCCUUUCAUUUCUUUAGCUGCAAUCAUUCAUUGGAACAGACACAUUCAUUAGUUUCUGAUAAAUCACGGGAGAAGUGAUACAUAGCAGUUGUUUCUGAUUCUUACAUGUCCAUUCAGAUCAGACCAAAAUAUAAGUGUGACUUUCAUUGUGAAUGUACUGUACUUAGCUGUUGAUAACCCAUAGUAGAGAAAUUGUUUAGUGCAUUUCUUAUUACACCCAUUGCUUAGGUUCAACAAAAAUGUUUCUUUUGUUUAAUUUCCUCUGUCCUUUAUAUCCCUAAUAUCUCAGCUAUUGUUCAGUUAGCCAUCUAUGUUAACUGUGUGCCUUGCAGAGGGCAUUUUUAUUAUCUAAGUUGUGGUAUCAAAGCAUUUUCCUUUAUAGCAAUGUAACCUUCAUUGGUGAUGUCAUCCCCAUAUGCAGCUACAAUACUCAUUGCCAGUUACAUAUCUGAGCAAAAUUUGAAAUGGGGAGUUGCCCUUAAAGACAGGAGGUCAGUUGCAAACUUGCCUUGUAAAAUAUAAUCUAGAGUUUAUCCAAAAAAGCCAGUUACUACUGCCAUCAACAAAGCAGUAGACAAGGAGUGUACAGGACAUCCAAGAUGUCGGCAUUCAUGCUACAGUUUUACAGUCUAGGCCAAAUAUGAAUGUAAAGAAGAGGUUGACCAGAAGUCCAAGUGAUGAAGACAGACGUUAAGAGGAGAGCAUGUAUUCAGAGAAUGAGACAAAAAUUGAGAAAGGAACACUGAUUUGCAAAGGUUUGGGAAAGCAGCUGCUAAACAUAUGGCAUAUAACAGAGAGUUUUCUUUUCAUUAAUAUUUAAAAGUGACCAACUUAUUAAGAGUCAGACAUAAAUGAAAGUCAGAGUGAUGCAGUUAACAGUUGGCCAAUGACAUUGACACAGAGUGAGAUUCAUACAGAAAACAAGGAUGGCACCUCCUUCAAGUGACACUAGUUGAAAAAAAUGAUGCAUGUUAACAAGGUAAUGUCCCAUGUGAAUUUUUGCAUCUGGGCUAAGAUUGUGACACCUACCUGGACACCCGUGCAAUUUAAGCCCAUGGGAUGCUUGGUGUGAACCCCCAGGUGUAAAGGGGUGGGGAGAAGGUUGUGAAUGACAUGCUUGCUAUGAGUGAAACAUAUGACAAGAAGAAAUAACUCAAUGUGACACUCAUUUAAAAAAAAUGAAAACCAACCUGCUGAGGGUGACAUUUGCUAAGAAACUGGGUACCUGUUAAAAAAUGAGACAUGUACUGGACUCCCACAGAGGUGUAUUUGGAGGAUGUAGAAAUAACAAUUUUCAAAGGAAGUGAAAGAACUUGUGUGAGCAAAGCAAAAAUUGAGAAGAAGGACACACUUAUAGUGAGUAAGUGGAGUGCUUCAAAGGGAAGAUGUCUACUGACAGUGACAAAAAUAAUUUGAAAAGGACAAAGGCUUAGAGUACGAUAAACAGAAAGAGGUUCCUUUCUGCACCUGCUUAGAUUGCAGCAGCUUCUGAUGAUGGAAACAUUGAACAAGGAACAGGAAAAGCUUGUUAAAAAUUGUUAGUGGUGGGACAGCGGUUGUAAGUAAUAAAAAAUCUACAGUGCAUCUGCUGUAUGUGAAAUCACAAGAUUUUCUGAGUUGUAAGGAAUUAAAUUGCGGAUGUACCCACAGUUAUACAAGAAACUGAAAAAUGCAACUAUGGUACACACUACUGCACUGAAGUAUAUAAACUAUGUAAACUGGUUUGUAACCACAGCAGACCCAUUUUUUAAAUCUUACAUUAAUAAACAACAUAUUUGUU